AUCGCGGAAUCGGCUUGUGCGCUCUUCAUUGCAACGACAUGCUAACUAUAAGUAUACCAUGAAUUCAAAUUUACUUCACACCACAAAAUCAGACCAAUAAUUAGUCACUAACAUCUAAAUCCAAAUCAACCUAUGCAUAUAUAAAUUUUAUAUUUAUAAUAUUUAGAUCUGCAUUCCAUUUUUAUGAAUUUUAAUCAAUUUGGUAAAUCAAUGCCAUUUUAAAUCUUCUUUGCUACAUAUUCGUGCUGAAAUUCUAUUCCCUCUCUCUUAGUGUAAAAAAAGCUUUGAAACUGUAACUUCUGCAUCCAUUUCUUCUACUGCGUCGGAGAAGAUUCAGAUAUCUUGGUAUGAUGAUGCAAAGGCUAAAAGGAAUCCAACAAAUGGAUCAUCCCUAUGUGUGCAGAUGCAGGGGUGUGAUACGGGUGGUCUAAUUGUUUAAAUGGCAAAAUCCAAGAAGAUGCGGUCGGAAGUUGGCUCCCACGGCCAUGGAGCUAUCCUGCAUAAGUUAUCAUCUCGGCGUAAGAAGGCUUGUGGAGACACGCACCAUGAAAAGCUACAACCGAGUGCAUCAGAAAAAAAAGAGUGGGACAUCGCUGUAUGUUCCAUCUGCUUAGAGUCUCCUCACAAUGCGGUCCUCCUACUUUGUUCCUCGUAUGAAAAGGGUUGCCGUCCCUAUAUGUGCGCUACGAGCAACCGAUACUCCAACUGUCUUGAGCAGUACAGUAAGGCCUCUGCCAAGGCAACCUCGAACCCCGAAACACAAUCCUGGCAAGGGUCAAUUGCUAGUUUAAAUUUCUCAGAAGAAUCCGGUUGUCCCGAUAUGAAGAGUAAAUUAUCCGAGCUUCUGUGCCCACUUUGUCGUUCGGAGGUGAAAGGUUGGACUGUUCUGGAGCCUGCUCGCCGGUACCUGAAUUCCAAGAAACGAGCCUGCGCACAAGAGAAAUGCUCGUUUGUUGGAACUUACAAGGAGAUCAAGAAACAUGUAAAGGUGGAGCACCCAAAGGCAUGCCCCCGGGACGUAGAUCCUUCGCUGGCGGAGAAGUGGAAAAAGCUCGAGAGGGAGCAAGAUCUAAGCGACGUGUUCAGUACAAUCAGAGCUAGUAUGCCUGGAGCUGUCGUCUUCGGCGACUAUGUGAUAGAGGGGAACCACGGCUUCUCCGGUGGCGGCGACGAUGAUGACGGGCUCUUCGACGGCACAUUCUUCAGGUUUCCAACUCGCGGUGGUGGUGGGUGGAACGACUCCCCAUUCGCUCCCGAGGGCGAUUACGACCCUCUCGGCGAGGGGUUCUUCCGCAGGCUACAGGCUAGACUUGCCUCAAGAACCACCGGCCGUAACAUCUCCCGGAUCGUGCGUCCACACGCCCGCCUCUUGUUCACGAGGCAGGCGAGGAGGUCGAGAGACCGCAGGUAAGCUCAGCUCGGCUCGGACAUCAAACUCCGACCGUUUUGAGAUUGUUUUAAAAUUAUAAUCUGGGCACAGCUAUGCCUUGGGGGAUUUGCUUUAUGUUGAGCAAAAUUUGACAAUUUAGAUCCCGAAAUAGUUAGCACAGGAUUUGUCAUAAAAUAAGAAACACACGCACAACUUUUUUGAUCAAUGUUGGUGCUGUUGCUCCUCAUUUGUACUGUACUACUUUCUACUCCAUUUUUCUUGCCUUUA